AUGAGUUUAGAGUUAGAGUGGGAGUCUCCAUCAUCAUCACCUCCUACACCUCCCUCUCCACUCCCUAUUAGUUAUGGAGCAGGAAACAAUAGAUACUCUUUCUCAGCUUCUUCGACUCUAUCACCACCUUUCUCGUCUCCUGAAAAUCUCUCCUUCCUGCAUGUGCCAUCUGUAUUUUCAGUGGAUCUCCAAGAUCCUCCAGAAUCGGAAUCCAAGAGUACAUGCCUCAAGGACUUGUUGGAAUGGUUUAUACAAAGAUGUUGCUCACUAACUAAAUUUCCACUCAAUAACAACAGGUUGGAAUGGUUUAUACAAAGAUGUUGCUCUUGCUGUUGCUGUAACAAAUUUCCUUCCAUCUCUCCAACACCACAGAGCAAUGGUCAAGAUUUUGUUGCCAUACAUUACAACUCCAAAACUUUCUGCUCAAACAACAUCUAA